AUGACUAUUCAAGUUGAUGACUAUGAAAUGGUACCAGGUACUGUACAUUUGAUUGAUAUUAAUGGAAAUUUGGAUGUACAAAAAAACGGUGAUAUUAUUUUACAACCACAACCAACCAAUAAUCCAAAUGAUCCCUUGACUUGGUCCAAACUGAAAAGACUAAUUCAAUUUUCUCUUGUUUGGAUCUGGGGGUUGUUUGUUGCUGUUGCCAUUAAUUGGGUCGGCCCAGUUUUUGGUGUUUGGGAAAAAGAUUUGAAAACCACUAUUGGUGAUUUAUCUAAUGCAGUUGCAGUUGGGUUUUUGUUCUUAGGUGUUGGAGUAUUACUUGUGCAACCAACAACUUUAAAGUUGGGCAAACGGUUUAUUUAUAUUGUUGGAAGUAUAUUCACUAUAAUUUCCUUGGCAGUCGGAUCUCAAGCAACAGAAGUGGGUUCGAUAUUUGCCUUCAAGGCACUUGUUGGUCUUGGUGCCAGUCCAUGCGAUAGUGUGGUGGAGCUUAGUGCUACUGACCUCUUCUUUCAACAUGAAAGAUCUACAGCUAUUUCUUCAUUGAUUCUUGCAUUGUACGCAGGUUCAUUUCUUGGACCAAUUAUUGCAGGAUACAUCACUGAUUCAAUUGGUUGGAAAUGGUGUUUUUAUGUACAAAUCAUUAUAUAUCUGGUCUUCUUGAUCAUUCAACUUGCUUUCCAAGAGGAGACAACUUUUAGAAGGGCAUUGAGUGAUGAGACAUUGGAGGAGGAAAUUUUGCAACAAAUCAAAUCAACCGAAAUUAACAAUGAAAAGCAAAUUGUUUCUGAACCUGCUACAAAGGAAGUAAAAGAUGAUGAAGAGCUGGGAUCUUCUAGUAUUCAGUCAUAUAAAAGGAAAACUUAUUUUCAAAAGGUUAAUCUCAUACAUACCGACCAGAACGAUUCCAGAAGCUGGUUGUGUAUCUUUUAUCGUCCAUUUUUUGUUCUUUAUUAUCCUGCAUUCAUCUUUGGUGGAAUUGUGUACGGAAGUCAAAUGAUGUGGUUACUGUUGACAUCAACCACUCAAACCUUGAUUUAUGGAGCUGAACCAUACAAUUUUUCGGCUAAUGGGGUUGGUUUGACUAACUUGGGAUGUUUAAUUGGAUCAAUUUUGGGCACAUUCUAUGGGGGGAAGUUUGUUGAUUGGCUUUCUAUUAGGUUGGCUAAAAAAAAUAACGGUAUCUUGGAACCCGAAUAUCGAUUAUGGGCCAUGAUUGUUCCAACUAUAUUAAAUGCAGGUGGAUUGUUAGCAUAUUAUCUUCCUUGUGCAAACAAUGCAUCGUGGGCUUUUUCAGUUGUUUUAGGACAAGGAGCAUUGGGUUUUGCAAUGAGUAGCUCUGGUAGCAUUUGCAUCACUUAUGCCAUUGAUUCUUAUCCCAAAGUCGCCAGUGAAGGAAUUGUUUUAAUGUUGUUUAUUAGAAAUAUGAUGGGAAUGGGGUUCUCGUAUGCCAUUCUGCCUUGGAUUAAUAGAAAUGGACUUGUGGUCGUUACUUGGUUGAUGUUUAUGUUAUCGAUUAUCAUAAAUGGAAGUUUCAUAGUAAUGCUAGUGUUUGGAAAACAGUUCAGGCGCUGGACCGCCGCUCAUUAUGAAAAGGUUUCUGAGUCCAACUAUGGUGAAUUUUUCAAACGCUAG